AUGGGUCCUACAAGACGCCUGGUUACCAUCAAAAGGAGCGGGGUGGAUGGCCCUCACUUUCCGCUGAGCCUCCGCACCUGCAUGUUUGGAAGGGGUAUCGAGUGUGACAUUCGUAUUCAGCUUCCUGUAGUGUCCAAACAGCACUGCAAAAUUGAAAUCAGUGAGCAAGAGGCAGUAUUGUUUAAUUUGAGUUCCACAAAUCCAACACAAAUAAAUGGAUCAACUUUUGAUAAACCUGUACAGCUAGAACAUGGCGAUGUGAUAACUAUUGUUGAUCGGUCUUUCAGGUAUGAAAAUGAAAGUCAUCAGGAUGGAAGCAAGUCACCUGGAUUUCCAGGACAAAGACGGGACCAGGAAGCUUCGCGUCGGGUCUCAAGAUCCAGCUUAUCUUCCAAUCCAGAAGGGAAAGCUCAAGAUUCCAGUGCCUGUUCAGAAGUCACGGAAGAAGCUGUUUCAGGAAGGCCUGUGGCCCAUGGGGAAGACGUCACGGCCGCACAUGCCAUCUGGGGGCGCUGGGAAGACGAUGUGGCCAGGAAAACACCCAGUCAUGUUCGUUCCUCAGAACUUCCUGGAGAUACCCACAGAGGUGUGACGGAUCCCACCACUGGGGACUCAAAAGAAGAUCCCAGUGUAGCAUCAGGGGCCUGUUGUGAAGAACCGAAGGCUCUUUCUUCCAUACAGUAUCUUAAAAGGAGUGACCAGAGUGAGUCUCCCUUUAGGAAGCUUUACGAGUCAAUGAAAGUGGAGUUAGAUGUGAACCCAGGAAAAGUCAGCGUUCUGCAGAAUCGCAGAAAAUCAGGACCGCAGCGUCACUGCACAACAGGCAGAGAAAGCACUGAUGGGUUACAGGACGAGACUCUGGUCUCCCCCAAAUCCAGAUGGAAGUCGGGCCGAAGCCCCCACAUAAAGGCAGACCCCAGUUUGGGGGAGCAAGGAAGUAGCCAGACUGAGGGAGAGGGGAGCGGGGAGCCGGUUCAGAUGCCCAAGGAGCCCAAGAGUCCUGGCAUCGCCUGCAUGGAGACGGAGACAAGGAAAACCAGGACCCCCGUGCGGUGUUCACAGCAAACCACGAUGCCCCUGCGGUGUUCACCACACAGCCCCUCCAGGAGGCGGCGGAGUGCAGACCCGGGUGCUGGCGGUGGCCGUGUAUCCCAGAGUCUAGACCAAAGUGAAGGCUCCAGGGCAGAUGACCAGAUGUUCACUCCCCAGAAGUCCUUGCCUGAAAAUCAAACACCUGUUAAAGUUGGGAGUUUUGGAAAUACACCAGAAAAGCUUUUCUCUAGAAAGAGAAAGAGUGUGCCUGCAAAUGUCGACCGUCUGACUGCAGAAACUGAGAUUCCACCUCCGAUGAUCUCAGCUUCACUGGCCCUGCAAGUUGAAAGGAAGAUUCAGAGCGAUCUUCUCAACAAGCCUGAGAAGCUGGGCCCAGCAACUGGACAAGUGGGCCCUGGGUUAUCCGGCCUUGAUGCAGCUGAAAUCAGCAGCUUCGGUGAUUCCACAAAUAAGAUGGAGGGCGUGGCUGCGAAGAGGAGGCGGGUCUCCUUUGGGGGUUGCCUGAGACCCGAAUUAUUUGACGAAAACUUACCUCCCAACACACCUCUCAAAAGAGGAGAGACGCCAAAGCAAAGACGGUCACUGGCCGCCCACACGCCCACCGUCCUGAAGAAAAUCAUCAAGGAGCAGCCCCAGCCAUCAGGGAAAGAAGAUUCUUCAGAAGUCCGUCUGGAAGUGACCUCACCGGAUGCCUUCAUGAGCUCUCCGGCUGCUAAUGCCAUCCACGCUUCUGCGGCCGCUCCUGACCAAUGCCGCAGGCUGUCCAAGGCGUCUUGCGUGUCGGGGGUUGGCAGGUCCCCGCAUCAGACAGAUGUCCCCAGGAAAGGAGGGAGACGGAGCGGCAGCCUCCCUCCCCAGAGAGCGUCCCUGGAGCGGAGCCAGCACGGGAUCCUCCAGACGAUUUUCUCCAGGAGAAGGAGCGGUGCCUCGGAGGCCAAUUUGAUCGUGGCAAGAUCAUGGGCAGAUGUAGUGAAACUCGGUGCCAAGCAGGCCCAGAAUAAAGCUGUGAAACGUGGCCUUCCCAAGCAGCCGGGCAGACGGCAGAGAAGAGCCAACACUCCGAAGAAGCCGCCUGACCCCGUUCACAGUCAGUUCAGCACCGGCCACGCGAACUCUCCCUGCACCAUCGUCAUAGGGAAAGCUCAGCUCGAGAAAGUGACCGCGCCGGCUCGGCCCUACAGGGUGAUAAACAACUUCGUGGUCAGCAAACCAAGGGACUUCAGUGAAGAUCUUUCAGGGCUGCCUGAAAUGUUCAAGACGCCAGGGAAAGAGAAGCCGCAAAGGAUGAGCAUGUGUCCCCCGACUUUUCCGAAUUCAGAGGAUUUGCUUGGAGAAGAGCUUCCAGGACCUCAUUCAGGAGAGAAACCUCUGCUGUGCACUUUGGAAAAUUUUGGCGAGAAUGUGUUUCCUAGGACUCAGGAUACAGCGAAAGGGCCAUCUGAUCAAAGUUCUGCAAGCCCUGCCUUGAGACGUCCCAGUAUUAAAAUGAGCGAAGAUCCUGUGAAAACACCGAGGAGCACGAAUAAAACCACAGCUGCUGAGAUGAAAACUCCAGUGUCCACGGCAGCGACUCCAAAGGCAACAUCAAGUGCAAACAGGUCUAGAAGGUCUGUGGGGCUCAGCAGUGUGCACACGCCAGGUACGGAGCCAGAGAACCAAGACGCAAAACCCAACACCGUCAAGGACAUCUUGGGAAGACGUCUGAGGAAAACACCACAACCAGAGCCGAAGCUGGAGAGAGACACAGAGGAAAGUGAAAAGUCUUUCGAACAAUGUAAGCAAAACACUGAAUCGAAAGAAAAUUCUGAAAAGACGAUGGCUGUGAGGAGAUCAAGAAGAGCCUCGGAGCUGAAGUGUGAACCAGCGGCAGACCUGACCACCCUCCAGAGAUCGCAGGACACAGAGCCGGAAGAGAAGCAGCUGGACAUCCUGAGUCUCCUACAGACCCCAGUUCAUGCCAAGGAAGUGACGGACGCAGAGAACAAAGCCACAAAGAUGAGCUGUAAGUCUCCCGAGCCAGGAGCAGUCAGCACACCCACCAGGAUGAGCACACAGCUCAAGACACCUUCCCAGAAAGUGGAUGUCGGAGGUUUCUCAGUCCUUAGGAAGCUCUCCGAAACACCGGGGAAAGCCACGCCCACUCAAAGAGAACCAAGAGAUGCUAAAAGCAUCCAAUUGUUUAAGGAAACUCCAAAGCAGAAACUGGGCCCUGCAGAGAAUUCUGCUGGAAGUAAGAGGAGGCCAAAGACACCCAAGGGAAAGGCCCCACCUCUGGAAGACCUGGCUGGCUUCAAAGAACUCUUCCAAACCCCACAUCAAGCCAAGGAACCAAUGACUGAUGACAAAACCACCAAAACGCCCUGUAAAUCUCCACAAUCAGAGCCAGUCAACACACCAAGUAGAAGGGGACAUCUCAGGACACCUUCCCAGAAAGUGAAUGUGCAGGAGGACCUCUCAGCUCUCAGGAAACCUCAACAAACACCAGGAAAAACCACACUGUCACCCAGAGAAGCAGAGGGUAGUGACAGAGGCAUUGCAGUGUCUCAGGAAGCUCCAGAAGAGAUGCUGGACCUUGCAGGAAAGGUACCUUCUGCCAAGAGGCGACCAAGGACACCCAAGGGAAAGGCCCAGCCCCUGGAAGACCUGACCGGCUUCAAGGAGCUCUUCCAAACCCCAGAUCAAGCCAGGGAAACAACGACAGAUGCCAAAACCACCAAAACACCCUGUAAAUCUCCACAACUGGAGCCAGUCAACACACCAAGUAGAAGGGGACGUCUCAGGACACCUUCCCAGAAAGUGGACGUAGAGGAGGAGCUCUCAUCUCUCAGGAAACCUCAACAAACACCAAAGGGAACUGGACACUCAGAUAGAGAACCAGCAGAUGGUGAUGAAGACAUCAAAGUAUCCAAGGAAAUGCCAAGGCAGAAAAUGGACCCUGCAGAUUAUGUGACUGGAAUUAAGAGGCAGUCAAGGACACCUAAAGAAGAUGUCCAAUCUCUAGAAGACCUGACUGGCUUCAGAGAGCUCUUCCGAACCCCAACCCACACCAAGCUGCCAAGGGCUAUUGUCAAAACCCCGAGAAUGCUCAGCCAGUCGCCACAACUGAAACCAGUCAACAUAACACCAACUAGAAGGGGACGUCUCAGAACACCUUCCCAGAAAAUAGACAUGCAAGAAGACCUCUCAGCUCUGAGGAAACCUCAGCAAACACCAGGGGAAACCUCACAAUCGCCCAGAGAACCAGAGGCUGGUGACAGAAGCAUUGCAAUGUCUCAGGAAGCUCCAGAAGAGAUGCUAGACCUUGCAGAAAAUGUACCUGCAACCAAGAGGAGGUCAAGGACACCCAAGGGAAAGACCCCACUACUGGAAGACCUGGCUGGCUUUAAGGAGCUCUUCCAAACUCCACAUCAAGCCAAGGAAACAAUGACAGAUGAAAAACCCACCACAAUACCCUGUAAAUCUCCACCAGCAGAACCAGUCAACACACCAACAAGUAAGAAGAGACGACUCAAGUCACCUCCCCGGGAAGUGGGCAUAGAGGAGGAGCUCUCAGUGCUCAGGAGGCCUGCACAGACUCCAGGGAGAACCAGGCACUCAGGAGAAGCAGCAGGUGAUGGUGAAGCCAUCAAAGAGUUCAUGGAAACGCCAAGGCAGAAACUGGACCCUGCAGAAAAUGUGACUGGAAUUAAGAGGCAGCUAAGAACACCCAAGGAAAAGGUCCAAUCUCUAGAAGACCUGACUGGCUUCAGAGAGCUCUUCCAGACCCCAGAUCACACCAAGGAGCAAAGGGCUGUUCUCAAAACACCCCAAAUGCUCUGCACAUCUUCCCAACCCGAGUUAAUUGUCACACCAACCAAUAGACAGAGACAGCUCAGGACACUUCUUGGGAAGGUGGAUACAGAGAAAGAACUGUCAGUGCUCAGGAGACCCAUACCAGCGUCAGGGCAAACCAUGCAUACAUGGUGCAGAGAACCAGGAGAUGAUAAAAUCACUGAAUUGUUUAAGGAAACACCAAAGCAGAAACUGGGCCCUGCAGAGAAUUCUGCUGGAAGUAAGAGGAGGCCAAAGACACCCAAGGGAAAGGCCCCACCUCUGGAAGACCUGGCUGGCUUCAAAGAACUCUUCCAAACCCCACAUCAAGCCAAGGAACCAAUGACUGAUGACAAAACCACCAAAACGCCCUGUAAAUCUCCACAAUCAGAGCCAGUCAACACACCAAGUAGAAGGGGACAUCUCAGGACACCUUCCCAGAAAGUGAAUGUGCAGGAGGACCUCUCAGCUCUCAGGAAACCUCAACAAACACCAGGAAAAACCACACUGUCACCCAGAGAAGCAGAGGGUAGUGACAGAGGCAUUGCAGUGUCUCAGGAAGCUCCAGAAGAGAUGCUGGACCUUGCAGGAAAGGUACCUUCUGCCAAGAGGCAACCAAGGACACCCAAGGGAAAGGCCCAGCCCCUGGAAGACCUGACCGGCUUCAAGGAGCUCUUCCAAACCCCAGAUCAAGCCAGGGAAACAACGACAGAUGCCAAAACCACCAAAACACCCUAUAAAUCACCAGCAGAAACAGUCAACACGCCGACCAGUAAGAAGAGACGACUCAAGUCACCUCCCCAGGAAGUGGGCAUAGAGGAGGAGCUCUCAGUGCUCAGGAGGUCUGCACGGACUCCAGGGGGAACCAGGCACUCAGGAGAAGCAGCAGGUGACUUUGAAGACAUCAAAGCAUUCACAGGAACACCAAGGCAGAAACUGGACCCUGCAGAAAAUGUGACUGGAAUUAAGAGGCAGCUAAGAACACCCAAGGAAAAGGUCCAAUCUCUAGAAGACCUGACUGGCUUCAGAGAGCUCUUCCAGACCCCAGAUCACACCAAGGAGCAAAGGGCUGUUCUCAAAACCCCUAAGAUGCUCUGUCAGUCUCCACCACUGGAACCAGUCAACAUAACACCAGGUAGAAGGGGAAGUCUCAGGACACCUUCCCAAAAAGUGGACAUGCAGGAAGACUGCUUAGCUCUCAGGAAGCCUACGCAUACACCAGGGAUGACCACACACUCACCCAAAGAACCAGAGGGUGGUGACAGAAGCACGGCAGCAUCUUGGGAAACUCCAGAAGAGAAACCAGACCCUGCAGAAAAUUUAACUGCAAGCAAGAGGCGGCCAAGGACACCCCAGGAAAAGGCCCAAUUCUUGGAAGACCUGGAUGGCUUGAAAGAGCUCUUCCAAACCCCAGAUCGUGCAAAUGGAGCAAUGACUGAUGGCAAACUCACCACAAUGCCCUGUAAAUCUCCACCAGCAGAACCAUUCAACACGCCAACAAGUGAGAAGAGACAACUCAAGUCACCUCCCCAGAAAGUGGAUAUAAAGGAGGAGCUCUCAGCACUCAGGAGGUCCGCACAGACUCCAGGGGGACCCAGGCACUCAGAAGGAGAACCAGCAGGUAUUGGUGAAGAAAAACCAUUUAAGAAAACUCCAAGGCAGAAACUGGACUCAGCAGAAAGUUUAACUGGAAGCAAGAGGUGGUCAAGAGCAUCACUUAGGGAAAAGGCCCAGCCCCUGGAAGACCUGACUGGCUUUAAAGAGCUCUUCCAAACCCCAUGUCAAUCCAAGGAACCUAUGACUGAUAACAGUAUCCCUAAAAUGCUCUGCCAGUCUCUACAACCAGAACCAGUCACCAUAACACCAGGUAGAAGGGGGCAUCUCAGGACACCUUCCAAGACAGUGGACAGGCAGGAAGACUGCUCAGCUCUCAGGAAGCCUCAGCAAACACCGGGGGAAACCACACACUCACCCAGAGAACCAGAAGCUGGUGACAGAGGCACUGCAGUGUCUCAGGAAGCUCCAGAAGAGAAACUGGACUCUGCAGAAAAUGUAACUGCACGCAAGGGGCAGCCCAGGAUAACUAAGGAGAAAGCCCAGCCCCUGGAAGACCUGAGUGGCUUCAAAGAGCUCUUCCAAAGCCCAGAUCAUGCAAAGCAACCCAUAAUGAUUGAUGACCAGCCCCCCGCCAUACCCUGUAAAUCACCAGCAGAACCAGUUACCAGGAGAACAGGUAGAAAGAAACUCAGGUCAUCGCCAGAGAAAGUGGGUGUAGAAGAGCCCUCAGCACUUAGGAGGCCCUCCCAGACUCCGGGGGAAGCCUUACACAUGCAGAAAGAAGCUGUAAAGGAUGAAAAAGACAUCAAAGUGUGUAAGAAAACUUCAAGGCAGAAACUGGCCUCAGCAGAAAAUGUAACGGGCGUCAAGAGUCGGCUAAGAAACGUUAAAGAAAAGGCCCAACCCACAGAAGACCCAGCCAGAGCCAAAGAUCCCUUCCAAAAGCCCAACCAGACCGAGGAACCAGCGAGUGAUGUAAAAAUCACUCCAGCGUCCUGCCAGUCUCCACCAGCACAACCAGUCAUCAGGAGAACGACCAGACAGAGACAGCUCAGGUCACCACCAGGAAAAGUGGCUGUGGCAGAGCCUGCAGCAUCCACAGGGCCCACACAGACACUAGGGGAUACACACACAGAGCCUGUAGGCAAAGGAAAAGACACCAAGGUGUUGAAGGAAACUUCAGGGCAGAAACUGAGUCCUGCAGAGAAUGUAAGAGGCAUCAGGAGUCGGCUAAGAACACUUAAGAAAAAUACCCAACCCCUGGAAGACUCAGCCAGUGUCAAAGAGCUCUUCCAAAAGCCAGAUCAGGCCAAAGAAGCAGACAGUGAUGUUACAAAAGCUCCAGGGCCCCGCCCAUCCCCACCAGCAGACCUGGUCACCAGGCCAACAAGCAGAAAGAGGCAGCCCAAGUCAUCACCAGAGAAAGUCGACAAAGAAGAGCCCAUACUGACACCAGGGGAAAGCACGCAGGGCCAGCCUGCAUGUGAUGAAAAAGACAGCGGAGUGCUGAAGGAAAAUCCAAGACAGAAACUCAAUCCUGCAGAAAAUGUAACUGGAGGCCGGAGCCGGCUAAGAACACGGAGGGAAAAGACCCAACCCCUGGAAGACCCAGCCAGUGUCAAAGAGCUCUUCCAAGACCCAGAUCUGGUCAAAGAACCAGAGGGUGAUGUUACAACCGUUCCAAUGCCCUGCCAGUCUCCACCAGCAAAACCCGUCACCAGACCAACAAGCAGAAAGAGGCGGCUUAAGGCGUCACCAGAGAAAGUGGACAUAGAAAGGCCCUCGGCGCUCAGAGAACCCACAGGGACACCAGGGGAAACCACACACAGCGAGCCUGUACGUGAUGAAAAACACAACAGAGUGUUGAAAGAAAAUUCAAAGCAGAAGCUCAAUCCAGCAGAAAAUGGGGUCAGGAGCCGGCUAAGAACACUGAAGGAAAAGACCCAACCCCUGGAAGAUCCGGCCGGUGCCAAAGAGCUCUUCCAAAAGCGAGAUGGGGCCAAGGAACCAGUGAGUGAUGUUACGACGGCUCCAGCACCCCGCCAGUCUUCACCAGCAGAACCAGUCACCAGGAGAACAGGUAGACAGAGACAGCUCAGGUCACCACCUGGAAAAGUGGCUGUAGACGAGCCCUCAGCGCUCAGCAGGCCUGCACAGACUCCAGGGGAAGCCAUGCACACAGAACCUGUGGGCGAUGAGAACAAGAUCAAGAUGGCCAAGGAAAUGUCAAGGAGGAACCUGGACUCAGCAGAAAACUUCAUUGGCGUCAGGAGUCGGCGAAAAGCAUUUCAGGAGAAGACCAUAGAAGACCCGGCCAGUUCCCAGGAGCCCUUUCAAAAGCCCAAUCAGGCCGAGGAAGUGGAAAGCAAUGCUACUGCCAUCAAGAGAGCCCCAAAGCAAGCAGCAGACAGAAGACCUGUAGAAACAUCCCGGCGAGUCCUCAGGGCCCCUAAAGUAAGAUUCACAGAAGACCCUGUGGGCAGCAGAGAGCCUGCAGAACACCCAGGUGAAAGUUGCGUUCCCCCGUCCCCUGAGAGGGAGCAGGGAGAAGAUGGCAGAGUCACAGGCAGGAAGAGACUGCGCCCUGUGACAGCUGCCCAGGACCCCGAGGACGAGAGGCCACUCCAGAAGAAGCAGAGGACAGCCCCCAGGGAGACACGGGAGCCCCCUGAGCCCCCAGGAGUGAAGAAGAGAAGCCUGCGGACUUUGGCACAAACGACUGAACCUGUGGGAAACCUGCCUGACGAUGGCCUGAAAGCUAAAGCUAUGGAUCUGCAAGGAGAAGUCACACAGGCUCCGAAUAAGGGAGUGUCCCUGCGUUCCAGGCGUCCUGCUAAAACUUCUGUAGAGGAGCAAAGACCUGAGGUUCUUAUAUCAGCAGAAAAGAUGAAAAUAAAAAGCGAAAAGAAGUCUAUGCAGCCCUCCCAGGAGAUGAAGCUCCGGAGCCUUGAAGAUGGAGCCAAGAAGCCUGCCUCUGGGGGCAAAGUUGAAGAGAGGAAGACGCGCUCGAGACCUGGGAGGCAGAACGAGACGCCUUUGCCUGAGGCUGCAGAGGAGAAAGCGAGUGAGGGAAGGGUGGCCAUCCUGGCGAAGAAGCAGGAAAAGAAAGAAGGGACAGGACAUUCAGACCCUAAGGGUUCGAGAUCCAGAAAGGUUAGCGUCCGCCCUCGAGGAAACCCUUCAGAGAGUGCAUCUGAACAGAGAGUGACCCGGAGUGCCAAGAGAUGUGCCCACAGUCUUCAAAAGGAAAGUGACAAUGUGUGUGUCAAGAAAAUAAGAACCAGAAGUCGUCGAGACCCUGAAGAUAUAUAG